AUCUAUCCUCAACUUGAAUUCCAAAGAGAAAGCUUAAGAUUUCUAAACCACUCAAAAUGGCGAUUGUAGAGAUGAAAGUACAUAUGGACUGCGAAGGCUGCGUGGCCAAGAUAAGGAAGGCUCUUGGUAAACUCAAGGGAAUCGACAGUAUCGAAAUAGACAUGGGCAUGCAAAAGGUAACAGUCAUGGGAUGGGCAGCGUCAGACCAGAAGAAGAUCCUGAAAACAGUGAGAAAAACUGGGAGAAGAGCAGAGCUAUGGCCAUAUCCAUACCACCCUGAGAACCAGUUUUACUACGAUUACUAUCAAAGCCAACCCGUAGUUACCUACCAUGCAACUGGGCGUCCCUCAUCCUACAACUACUACAAGCAUGGCUAUGAUGGUCAUGACCAUGGUUAUUAUCAGCCACCGCCUUAUUCCACUCUUAUGGAUCAACAAGCCAGCUCUGUCUUCAGUGAUGAAAAUCCCCAUGCUUGCUCCAUAAUGUGAGCUUUAUGUAAAUAAGGAGAUUUUAAGUAUGUUUUUAAUUUUAAUUUUUCUUUUCUUUUCGGGGGUUCUUCCUUCCUAAGAAUUGUAUGAAUUUUGUGUGUUGAAGACUUGAAGGAUUUGCUUGUGCCUUUGGCUAGUAUUAAUUUGUUUAAGUCCGCUUGGCGCUUAAGUUGCACA